AUGGAAAGUUCAUUCUACUAUUACAUUUUGCUCUUCGUCAUCUUCCUUUUCCUCAAGAACUAUUUGCAGAAAUUUAGCAAAAGACUCCCACCAAGCCCUGCUCUCUCCUUCCCCAUCAUAGGCCAUCUCUACCUCUUCAAGAAACCCCUCCACAGAACACUUGCCAAAUUGUCCAACAAAUAUGGCCCCGUCGCAUACUUCCAAUUUGGCUCCCGCUCUGUCAUUGUUGUGUCCUCUCCUUCCGCAGCUGAGGAAUGCUUCACCAAAAACGACAUCGUUUUUGCCAACCGUCCAAAGCUGCUUGCCGGAAAACACCUUGGAUAUAACUACACCUCCCUUACCUGGGCCUCCUAUGGCUCCCACUGGCGCAACCUAAGACGCAUAACUUCCCUUGAGUUAUUGUCGUCGAACCGCCUUCAGAUGUUUAAUAGCAUCCGUGUCGAUGAAGUCAGUUCACUGGUUUGCCGGCUUUUUAGAGGCUCUAAGGGUGGUGGGGAGUUUCAGAGUUUGGACAUGAAGUCAACGUUUUUUGAGCUGACUCUUAAUGUUAUGAUGAGGAUGAUUGCUGGGAAGAGAUAUCAUGGGGAGCAUGUGGCAGAUUUGGAGGAAGCUAAGCGAUUUGAAGAAAUUAUGGUAGAGAGCUUUCGAUUGAGUGGGGCUACUAAUAUUGGAGAUUUUGUACCAGCUUUGAACUUUUUGGGAGUGAGUGGGCUGGAGAAGAAGCUGGUGGUUUUGCAGAGGAAGAGGGAUAAAUUCAUGCAGGAUUUGAUUGAAGAACAUAGAAAAAAACAGAGUGGCUCUGCUUCUGAACAGAGGAGCAAGACCAUGGUGGAGGUUUUGUUAUCGCUUCAAGGAAAUGAACCUGAAUAUUAUACAGAUGAAAUCAUAAGAGGCAUAAUGCAAGUGAUGCUAGCAGCAGGGACAGAGACCUCAUCUGGAACCAUGGAAUGGGCUCUAUCGCUUUUGCUUAACAACCCAGAAGCCCUUGUGAAAGCUCAGAGUGAAAUUGAUAUUCACAUUGGACAAAGCAGGCUAAUUGAAGAAUCAGACCUUGCCAAGCUUCCCCAUCUCCAUGGCAUCAUCAAUGAGACCCUCCGGAUGUACCCAGCAGGCCCACUGCUGGUCCCACACGAGUCAUCAGAGGACUGUACCGUGGGAGGUUUCGAUGUUCCACGCGGAACAAUGCUGUUGGUGAAUAUCUGGGCCAUACAGAACAACCCAAAGUUGUGGUCACAGCCUGAACAAUUUAGGCCAGAGAGGUUUUUGAAUGUACAAGGGGAAAGAGAUGGUUUCUUGUUGUUGCCAUUUGGGACAGGGAGGAGAGGUUGUCCUGGGGAAGGGUUAGCAAGUCGGAUUCUUGGACUGGCAUUGGGAUCACUGAUUCAGUGUUUUGAUUGGGAGAGGAUUGGUGAGGAGAUGGUGGACAUGAGUGAAGGGCCUGGGCUCACCAUGCCUAAAGCUCACCCUUUACUUGCAAAGUGCAGGCCACGCCCAACAAUGCUGAACCUACUUUCUCAACUCUGA